AUGGCGCCUUGCGCAGGUGCGACAGCUGCGAAGGCAACGGCCAAUCCGCGAAGGGCAGGCCCUGCUAGUCCAGGCGGUGCUUCCCAGAAAAGUCCCAUAGGCAAGGUAUCUGUGCCGUCCACACCAACGACACAGGUGCGAGGCUCAAAGGAGCGCCAAGCUGUGCCCAAAGUCCAGGCUGGCUUCAGGAGCCCCACGACCGUGCGGAAGAAGGAGACACCACCUGCAUCACCAUGGGGUCAGAUAUCCGUUCCGGGUGCAACAUCGCCGUUGACGACUCCCAGUGGAAGGCGAAGAGCAGCGAAGGCCAACGAAGCCCCGCCUCCUUCCACGACAGAGGUAUCUCAAAGUGGACGCCAAUCAAAGCAAGGCCAAGGUCUCCAAAGCAGACGUGUCUCUUCCAGCAAAGGCAUUGAAGCUCAAAGCAAGGGUUCAUUGAUAUCUUCAGCAAAACCAGCUUCAGAAGUCUCGGAAUGUUACACGGGGACGACUUCCUUCGCCAACUUCGAGACCGAAAGGCAGCCUGAGAGGGGUUCCGUCUCCGGCUCCGCCCUGCGCUCGAGUUCGGAGCCAAGGCUCCCAAAGAGCUUGGAGUAUUUGGGGAUCCCCCGUCGCGGCUGUUCCCGCGGUCCCACGCCCAAGACGCCUGGCACGCCAGGCACGCCAGGCGCAGCGUGUACGGCGCGCCAGAGGAGCUGUGGACCUUCCAGCCCCAUGGUGGCCGACUGGGCGCAUGCGCAGGGCCAGCGUGCAGCCCUUUACACACGCGAGGCCGAUGCCGCAAGAUGCCAUCAGGACAGCUCCCUGGUGAACGAGGUGGUGUUUGGCACACGCAGGACGCGGCCUGGCUCAGUGGAUCCGGGCCUGGACCGAGUUCGUCCGGGAUCCCCAUGCCCAGCGCUGGCCGCUGGCUUGCCAAGCUUCCGCACCCCGAGGGAGGGCCGGAAAUGUGAAAGACGCCGCAGCUUCGAGACCCAGUCAGAGUCUGAGCUGGACGUCAGCAUUGCUCGGCCUCCCCGAAAGCUUGUGCCUGGUUUCUCUUGCGAUGAUCGGUCUUCCGUGGGAGAUGUUGUUUUUGGCGGGGUGUCAUCUGGAUCCAGAUUUGUUCCCAUGGAUGACGAACAGGCCAUGCAGAGAGUGUGGGGUGGCUGCGCCGGAAGACCCAGCAUUUCUGAAGAUGGUCGCAGGAUGCGCUACUCCAGACACAGGGACAGUGGAGGAUAUGCUGGCUUGAGCAGUCAAGGUAGUACUCCCUCUUCAAGCGAGCCUGGAAGUCCUUCGUCCCAAGCGUCAUCUUUCUUCAACUUGGAGCAAUCCUCCAGACAGCGUUCAGCGAUCCGCGUGCUUCAUGGUACUCCUGAUGAUCACUAUCGCAUCCAGGAGGCAUCGCCACAUUGGCGUCGGAACUGCUCAAGUGAUGCAGAAGAUGAUCGGAGGAAGGACUAUCGUGUGCUAUAUGAGGGCGCUGCUGGCAGGUCUUCCUGGCAGGGGUCCCAGGGGUCCAGAGCUGGCUCACGAGGCGACAUGUCGGAGCGCGGGAAGGACUCGCAACGAUCCGCGAGCGUCGACUCCGCUGGCCUGAAUACUUCCCGCGACGAUAGCGGGCGCAGGCGGACAAUGCGGAAACAGUUCGCCGCGAAGCCAACGACACAGGCAAGCUCUGAUGGCUUUGCUCAUGGGACGGCACCAGAGCUGGUACGAGCUUUUCGACCGCUCUGCUGGCAGCCGCAGCUGCCGCGAGGCAAGGCCGCGGAGCUCGGUGAAAAGCAGCAGCGCACAGGACAUCCUUGCGCCCACGCCAGAGCCGCAGCCAUCUCCCAGGCGACGGUUGAAGCUGGAAGAGGGAGGAGGAGCACCGUGGGACAGGAUGGUCUCCACGAUGCCGUGGAUGGGCGCAAGCCAAUAUCGACGUGCCAAGGAGAAUCAGGAGACUUCAGAUUUCCGAGCCGCAGGCGUGCAGAGCGGGCCGAGGCAAAGGAAAGAAGGUGCUCUGAAUCCGAGAGCACUGCCUCAGCUGCAGUCAGAAACCUAAAGUGCUUUCUCAAGCCCAUCCCGAACGCGGACUUGGUGCCAGAAAGUGCUCGACUACGCAAAAAGAAGCGAAGCCGUGAGCUAGAUGAGGCAACAAAAGCCCUGGUUUCCGAAAGCAUCAAGAACAGUCGGUUCUGUCGGCACCUCGAAGAGGAUGUCUUGAAGGCACUGUGCUCCCGGCUUGAGUACUUUUCCUUCGACCCUGGAGAUAUCAUUGUGCGGCAGGGCGAGGAGGGUGACAAUCUGUUCAUCACAGAGGCUGGUUGCCUGGAGGUCACAGUGAAUGGCCGGGUGGCCAACACCAUGCGCAGAGGUUGCGCCUUCGGCUGCAUAGCGCUGCUGUACAACGUCCCUCGCACCGCCACGGUGAGAGCUAAAGAGGCCGCUGGUGUCUGGGCCCUGGGUGGGAGCUUCUUCCGGCAUCUCGUGCGGGAGCACGCGGAGAGGCACCAGGCCAAGAACCUGCGGCUCUUGGAGCGAGUGCAUAUCUUGGCCGGGCUAUCCAACAAGCAGAAGCUGAAGGUUGGCGCAGCUGCAUUGUUGAAUGAGACCUUCACUGCUGGCUCAGUUGUGGCGGAAGCGGGUGAGGAGUGUAAGCGCCUGUACCUUGUGAAGUCCGGAAGUCUCAAUCUCGUCCAAGGCGGAGAGCGAGUGUCUGGAAAGCUGGAGGGCGGCGACAUCAUCAAGCAGGUUGAGCAAGGAGGAUGCGUUGGCGAGGAGUACCUCAGGAUGGGUGCAACUCCUAUUCUCCAGGCCAACUUGGUGGCUGCCACCGACUGCACGGUGGUGUGUGUGCUCAUUGAGAAGCUGGCCAGUCUCCUGGGUAGCAACGUCGCACUGCAGUUGGAGAGGGCCUUUGUGAGCCUUUCGCUGCAAAAGGCGCCCUGGUUCGAAAGCCUGCCGAGACUACUGCAGCUCUCCAUGCUCCAUAACCAGGUGAAGACAGAGAGUUGCCAAGCCGGAUAUGCAGUGAAAGGCUUGGAAAGGGUUGGCUCAAUGCCCUACUUGGCAUUGGUCCUGGAUGGCAGCUUUGAUGCUGGUCCGGAGAAGCUGACAAGGGGGAGCUGGUGCCAAUCUGCAAGCUUCGACCAUCUGCAGACCUUCACGGGCGUGGCCCGGGAAGAGGACUUGCCACCGGCCUCCGUGCGCCCUGACGAGCUGGUGGCAGGUCCUUCAGGGGGCAGGCUGGCGCUCGUGUCCAUGGUUGACUUAGCCUGCUGCCUCUCUGGGGAUGCAGAAUUACCGCAGCGGCCAGAGCAAGUGACUGAACUGGUGUGCAAAAUUGUAAUGAUGAUGCGGGUGCCUUUGCUGAAGCGGCUGGCAGAUUUCCAGCUUGCCGCAGUGGCCAACAUGUUGGAGUCCUUCUCCGGCAAAGCCGGGGAGGUGGUCUUCGAGCAAGGAGAAGAUGCCGACAAAUUCUACAUCAUCGUGCAGGGCGGAGUUCGCGUGGAUGUGGACGGCGCGUUGCUGCGAGAGCUGGGCCGGGGAGCAUGUUUCGGAGAGCGAGCGCUGCUCUUCCACGAGCCGCGCUCUGCCAAGGUGACGAUCACGGAGCCCAACACGAAGUUGUGGGUCGCUGGCCGCGAUGUCUUUGAGAAAUUUGUGACGAAGAACAUGCUUGAUGACUUGCGUGACCGAGCUAAGCUGCAAGACUGGACUUUGUCAUUGAAAAAUCUUAGGCACCUCCGCAUGAUUGGCGUGGGAUCCUUUGGUUCCGUUCGCAUGGUGGAGCAUGUGAAGACUGGUGCCAGAUAUGCGCUGAAACGCAUCAAGUUGGAGAAUGGAGAGGUCCCGGAAGCGGUGCAGGAGGAAUGCAACAUACUGGCAGCAGUCAGUCACCCCUUCGUGCUGCAGCUCGUGAAGUCGUUUCAGAGACAAAAAGGGACUUACAUCCUCACCGAGCUCAUCACUGGCGGUCAGCUCUAUGAACAGAUGAGGGACAAAAUGGGUGCUUGCAGCCGGCGUCAUGCCCAGUUCUACAUUGGCUCCCUGGUCCUAGCUUUGGAGGCCUUGCAUAUGGCCGGCGUGGCCUACAGAGACCUGAAACCCGAGAACGUGAUGUUGGAUUUCCACGGGUAUCUGAAGCUCGUGGACUUUGGCCUCUCCAAGUGUUUGGAAGACGGCAGCAGGACCUUCACCAUCGUCGGCACCGUGUACUACAUGGCUCCAGAGAUCUUCGAGGGGAAAGGUUACAGCUUGGAGGCAGACUACUGGUCCCUGGGUGUGCUGCUGUACGAGAUGGUGGUGGGGAAGUUGCCCUUCGGGCACGAGUGCUCGGAGGAGGAUGACAUCAUAACUGCCCUGAUGGAGGAGGAGCUGAACUUUGGGCCUAAGUACAACGACAAUGCUGGCAAGAAUCUGAUCGAGCGCUUUCUUUGCAGAGAUCCAGCGGAGCGCAUUGGAUCUAACGAUGGCUGGGCUGAAGUGAAGGAACACAAGUUUUUCAAAGUGAUGGGAAGCAAAGGGGAUCUCUUCAGCCAGAUCCUGGGGAGGGAGCUGAACCCCCCUCUGCUGCCUGAGGGUGAGGAAUACUCCAAAGAGGAGUACUUGAGCGAGAAAGUGACUCUGAGCGAUGCAGAGGAGUUGGCAGAUGAGAAACUGCUUGAGAUUCAGGAUCAGGCCAAGGCAGCCUGGCAGAAGCUGGAUCCUGAGGGCAAAGGAGUGAUUCCCAGCGAAGAGCUCGCCGUGGUUCUCGCCACUGCCACCAUCGACCUCAGCAAGAGGCAGAUCGAUGCACUGGUGGAAGCUGUCGACAUUAAGGCCGACGGCGUCACCUUUGCGAGUUUCUGUUCAUUUUUAGAACACAGCGAGCUGGAUGUGAAAGCUGUGCUGCAUGCACUGGAAGCCUGA